AUGAAACCACAAACCCUCUCCCUGCUCACUCUCCUCGCUCUUUCUCACCUCCUUUUCGCCGCACCUCUAUCCUCCUCUUCGUCCUCCUCCUCCGCCCCGCAAGUCUCCACCUCAGAACCAUCAGAGGACGCACGUCAGCUGGACGGCACACAGUCCACUUUACUGGAUGGCAUACAAAUUCUAUCCAGAAACUACAUUUCACUCUGGAAACAUUCUCUCCUUGCACUACGACCAUCCUCCUCCGACGAGGGGCUAGACGCACCGUGUCAUGCUCAGACACAGUCGUCCGACAAUCCUGACGAACCCGACGAAUCCAACUGGUCUGACGGGUCUGACGGGUCCGACGAGCCGUACGACCUAGAUCUAUACACCCCUACACUCGAAGAGCCAGAAAUUCUAGACGAGCAUCUCCCCGCUGCGCCCACGCCGUCGCGUUCAUUCGUAUCUUCUCCUUCCUCUUCCUCUUACUUAUCCUCCUCAUCGUCAUCCUACUCAUACUCCCCACCAAACGAGUACACCGCUCAGCAUUCAAACCGCCCGUCCGAAUGCGCAUCUCUCCUCGACCAAGCCGUACUUUUAGACGACGACUAUGACGACGACCACGGGGACGACGACUGUGACUCUCCACAUCAAAUGCAGUGGAGCAAGGUCGUUGACGAGAACCGGCCGCUGCCUACUGCGGUGUUGCUCGAAAUGUCGCGCCACGCAGCGCAUGCCGCAAAAGCAGCAAGACGAGCGAAGCGGCCAUUCAGAGAUGGGACUGACGACUGA